AUGGCAAUGACUUCGCCGUCGUCACAAUGGUCUGGAAGUUCCAGUAGUAUCAUUUCUCAACCAGAACGCCUCUGGCGGUACCUGCCGCUGUACAAAUUAACACUUGAUGGUAAUUGGAAGGUGGCCAAACCAUUUUUCCUCGGUGAUCCUGAUGCAAUCAGGGCCAAGAUUACUGCAGCAGGGGACACAGCACUCCACGUAGCAGCUGGGACUGGCAAGGCAAUUCACUUUCUGGAGGAGCUCUUGAAGUUGGGCAAUGUUUCAGAUUUGCGUUUGCUCAACGGAAAUGGCGACACUGCGCUUUCAGUUGCUGCAAUGGUUGGGAAUACUCCGGCGGCAAAGUUGUUCAUGAAGAGGGAUCCGCAAUGGGCAUUAAUAGUUAACAAAGACGGUCGCCUUCCGAUCACCGAGGCUGCCCGAUUCGGCCACAAGAAGAUGAUUUUACUUCUACUGCGGUUCAUCGAGGAUGGGAUGACGGAAUCUUCUGGAGACAAGCCCGUUUACUCCCUUCUUAAUCUACUGAUUAUAGCCGGAUUCUAUGGUGAGCAAAACUUUACCCACUUCCUUGUAGCUGCUAGUACUGUUAAAUGUUUUGGGCAGCUCGAGUUCAUAGGGGCGUGUCUCAAUUUAAGUUCAUUCAGAAUCGUUGAAACUGCAAAAUAA